CGCUCUCACGGUUUCCAUGGGUCCGCUGACAACAACCGCUCCCUUUCUAUCUGCUAGCUAACUAGCUAGUUAAUGAUUCAAAGAGACAGACUGUCUCGGAUUUUUGAAAUCUAUCUUUAUCGUUUGUGAAUAGUCGUUCUAGCGAGAAAGGAACAAGCAUUUGGAUUUUUAACGGGUUUGUAAGCAAAGCUAACUUCUUCGACGACAGAAAGUUUAUUUAUGCUAGCGUUAGCUUGCUAAUCCAGCAAGAAGGAGCACGAAGAGCCAUUACAAACAACAAACAAAAUAAACAGUUUCCAAGAUGAGCGAACAGCUGAAAUUCAUUGUCGAACAACUUAACAAGGAGCCAUUCAAGAAGAGCUUUAACCUCAUCACGUUUGACACCCUGGAACCGAUGCAACUGCUACAGAUUUUAAAUGAUGUUCUGGCUGAAAUAGACCCAAAGCAAGCUUUAGACAUCCGUGAAGAAAUGCCUGAGCAGACUGUGAAGAGGAUGUGUGCUCUGCUGGGGAUGCUGAAAUACAAACCUCCUGGCAACCUCUCUGAUGUGAGCAGCUUCAGACAGGGUCUGGUAACUGGCAACAAGCCUGUGAUUCACCCAAUACUUCACUGGCUGCUGCAGAGAGUCCCUGAGCUGAAGAAGAGGGCAUACCUGGCUCGUUUUCUGGUUAAGCUUGAGGUGCCAGCAGAGUUUCUGCAGGAUGAUGUCAUCAAUGACACCUAUCACCAGUAUGAAGAGCUGGUGGAAGGAUUUAAGAGAUAUCAUAAGGAGUGUGAGCAGCUGAGAACUUCAGGCUUUUCCACCGCUGAAAUCAGAAGGGACAUUAGUGCCAUGGAGGAAGAGAAAGACCAACUAAUCAAACGUGUGGAGCGGCUGAAGAAGAGGGUGGAGUCAGUGUCCAACCACCAGAGGAUGCUCGAGCAGGCCAGGCAGCUGCGAGUGGAGAAGGAGAGAGAAGAGUCACUGACUCACCAGAAGCAGGAACAGAAGAAUCAGCUGUUCCAGGCAGAGCAGAGAUUGCUGAGAUCACAGCAGCAGUUGAAGGAUAUGCGACAGGCAGCAACAGAUGCCAAUCCAGAGAGCUUAAUGAAGAGACUUGAAGAAGAGAUUAAAGUCAACUCCUACAUGGUCUCCGAGAAACUCCCCAAAGAGCUGGAGGGCAUGAGGCGUACAGUGCAUUACCUGCAGAAAGUGGCACUGGAGCCUGCGAUGGGCCAGGCUGAUCUCCAGGAGCUGGAGGACAAGAUUAAAGAGGCUGAUUCUCAGAUAAACCAUCUGAUUGAGAAGAGAAUGAUGAGAAAUGACCCCAUGGAUGACAACCUGACUCUGUACAGGCAACAGGCCUCCAUCAUCAUUCGCAGGAAAGAGUCAAAGGCGGAGGAGCUCCAGGAAGCGAGGGAGGAGCUGGCUGCAGCAGAGAGGGAGCUGAGGCAGCGGAGCAGCCAGGCACAAGGCUCAGAUGGGGAGGAGGUCAUCCGUGGUGAUGAGCUAAAACGUUUGCUGGUGAAACUGCGAGGCAAGGGAACAGUAUACAAGAAGAAACGUCAGGAAAUUGCUGAGUUGAAAGCAGAAUAUGGAGUCCUGCAGCGGACUGAGGAGAUUCUCAAGCAAAGACAUGAGACUGUGCAACAGAAACUGCAAACUAUGGAAGCUGAGAAAGGCAUCUCUGGCUACAGUAACACUCAGGAGGAACUGGAGAGGGUGUCGGCCAUGAAGAGUGAGCUGGACGAAAAGAAAGGCCGUACUCUGGAUGACAUGUCUGAAAUGGUGAAGAAGUUAAACUCAAUGAUUGUAGAGAAGAAGUCAGCUCUAGCACCAAUUAUAAAAGAACUGAGGUCGCUGAGACAGCGGUGUCAGGAGCUAAGCCAAGAGUAUGAGGAAAAGAAGGCACAAUAUGAAAGUUGUGCUGCUGGUUUGGAGAGCAACAGAUCUAAACUGGAGCAGGAGGUGAAAGCAUUGAGGGAAGAGACGGCACAGAAGGAAAACCGAUACCAUUAUAUCAACUCAAUGUCAGAGAUCAUUGAGAUGCAAAUGCGGCGGGCAGCUGAAGAGAUGAAGGCCUACGUGUCCUCUGAUCCGCAAGAAAGGAAGAAGGCUAUCAGGGAAGUGUACAUGAAGAACAUUUCAGAACAGGAGUUACUCGGCAAGAAGUUACGUGAGGAGCAGAAGAUGGUGAGGGAUAGCCAUAGCGCCAACAUGGAGCAGAUGAAGAUGUGGUGUGACCUGGAGCAGCUCAUGGAGUGCAAGAGGCAGUGCUUUAUAAAGGCUCAGAGCCAGGUGUCUAUUGGACAGGUCAUCCAGGAGGGAGGGGAGGACAGGCUGGUGCUGUGAGGACACAUCAACAGCUGGCCGCCCACUUCACAUUCACUACACUGAGUAAAACCGAAUGUUCUACAUAAUCUUGUAACAGGUCUAAAUGUUUUUUAUAAUUCUAAUCUUUCAUUGUGUGUAAACUGUGGACACUGUAUAGAGUUUCUCUCAAUGUUAAUGGGUUUUAUUUUUCCCCUUCAUCUUUUUUGUUCCUCAGUUGUAGUUCAUCUUGUACAGAACCAGACUAACCUCAGGUGAUGACACAGUUUGAGAUGCUUUGUGAAUCCUCUACUUAAAGGACACAGGACAAGGGUUUCCUCUUUCUCUAGCUGUGGGAGACUCCUUUGUGACACAUCUUUAAGAAUACACUUUCAAUCAAAGUGUCCAAAGAUAACAGUGUACAAAGUGGUGCGUUUUGGGAUGUGGCCGCAGUCAACUAUUUUUGGUAUCUCAAACCACGACCUUGGAAAAGGAUUGGAAUUCCAAUUUUGGAAUUCACUGGGACCUCCAAUGCUUUGGACAGUGCAGAUGAAAUGAUCAUCUUCAUCUGCUUGUUGAAUCAUUGAAUAGAUUCAAGAUAACCUUUGACAUUUCAGACAUUUACUUUUAGAUAUUUGGAUUGUCUAUAUAUUCCAAUUAAAUAUAUUUUAAGUUUGUUUUGACUUCUGUUUCACUCUAUUAGUGAUCUUAAAUGGAAAGGACUACAUAUUGACAUCCAUAAAUUCCCAGCUAUGAUAAAGAUUCACAUAUUUAGUUUGUGAAUGACACUUACAGUAAAUACCUGAUAGACCACACAAAACAAAGCUAAUCUAUAGAAAUCAAGUGACUGAUUUGAUGUUGAUGUUAGUCUUAGUUAACUGGAGUCAUGUGUAAUAUUAUGUAGCAUUUACACACAACAAUCAGCCACAACAUUAAAACUACUUACCUAGUAUUGUGUAGGUCGUCCUGGUGUCAUCAAAACUGCUCUGACCAGUCGAGCCAUAGAAGUGGGACCUCUGCGGGUGUCUGACACUGGGAUUUUGGCAGCAGAUGCUUUGAGUCCAGUAGGUUGUGGGGUCAGGUAUCUAUGUGUUGAACUUAUGGUGCAUCUUAUGUUCCUCGGCCCGUUCCUGAGCAGUUUUUGCGGUAUGACAGAGCACAUUGACCUGCUGAGGGAGGGUGCUGUUGUUGGGGAGUGGAGCUGCUAUGGAGGUGUGUUUUGUAUGGAAUAAUGUUUAGGUGGGUGGUAUGUGUCAGUGCAACAUCCAUAUGAAAGCCAGGACCAGAGGUUUCCCAGCAGAACAUUCUAACAUUAUAUUCACUUUAACUCGGUUUUAAUGUUGUGUGACAGUCUCAGCCUUUGGCUGUGCCUGCUGCUGCUCCUCUCCCUCCUCCCUUCCUGAGGGUGGGCAGGGCUACCUGGAGCUGCCUGGCUCCUCCUCUCCUCCUGGGCCUUUUAAACUGAUGCAGUACACCUGGCUCUCUCGGCUCCUGCGCCCUGGCCAUCAUGCUGCCCUUUUGUUCUUUCUUUAUUCUAGUUUAGUUUGAUUAAUCUACAUAUCCACACACCACAUGCACCACAACACUUGCACACAUACUGAUCCACACUUUUCACCUUCUAUUAUUUAAAUAAACAUUUUGUUAAACCUUU